AUGCGCAAAGAAGUGACCCUAGCAUCGGCCUUCACUCACCCCAAUGUUGUCAAAUACAUAACCUCUUGGGUUGAUACAGAAGAAAUCGAAAAAAAGCCCGACAUCGUCGAGCUAUCUUCGGAUUCAAAAGAGGAAGAUGUUUUUACUGAUCGGUUUCAACAGGUGUCUAUGAGAAGCUUGAAUCAUCUUGACGUGGUCAUGAACUCGGGAAACGCGAUUGAAUGGGGAGGGGAAGAUAGUUGGGCUUCGACAAUGUCUGAUGACGACGAAGAGGAGGAUUCCCCGGAAGAAAAUUUGAUCAACAGUGCUAGUCCUUAUGUCGAGUGUAUUCCCGAUAGUGAGAAUUCUGCACAGCUUGUUCAAUUUGGAUACAAUUCAAUGAGGUCUUCGAGGCUGUCAUCUGGAAUUCAUAGAACCACUUCUGAAAUUGAAGUUCGUUACACGCUUUGUAUUCAAAUGGAAUUCUGUACACUGAGUUUACGACGAUAUCUUGUCGACAGAAACCAGUACAUCACCGGGAAUUAUAUCGCUAGCUUGUCCGAUGAAGAGGCUCACCAAAAGACAGAAGCAUACGUGAUGGAGUCGUUCGAAAUCGCCACUCAUAUAAUUCAAGGAAUUGAGUAUUUGCACCAAAAAGGCUGUAUUCAUCGCGACAUCAAACCAGAGAACAUUUUAUGGAAUGACAGUAGAAAGCUCUGGCAGAUCUGUGAUUUCGGACUGGCAACGCAAUCCGACCCGCCUAAAGUCGACCACAGUGACAUGACUGUAGCGAUUCCCAAUCGAGCCUUAUCAAGCGGAAUUGGCACUCUUCAGUACGCCGCUCCAGAACAACGCUACAAAAAGGACUACAACUGUCUGGUAGACAUUUACUCGGCCGGAUUCGUAAUCUUCGAAGCCUUCUAUCCUCUUGGCGAGCUAGGAGACCGAAUUCGCCAUUUCGAACUUAUCAGGAAAAAAGAAAAACUGCCUCUCGAUUUUCAACCUCAUUUGGCAGUCUACUGCGAGAAGGAAAAAGCCAGUAGAGUGACUGAGACGAUCGAAGCAAUGAUAAAUUACGAUCCACUUUUGCGUCCAACUGCACAACGAAUUCUCCUCGAAAACUGUUUCCGACAAUCAGACCCUAUUGACUUCCAGAAGCUCCUAAACGAGCGCAACGCGCUUAUAUCCGAGCUCGACAAAGAAAACCAACUUCUGAAAGAGCAGCUCGCCGUGAAAGAGCGCGAAAACGCCCAGCAACUUGCUGACAAAGAUGCCGAAAUUGCCAGAUUACGCGCUUUACUACACGGAUCAGAGGUGUAA